CUGUAUAAAAUUUCUGCUUCCUUAUUCACUCUUACCAUUUUUGCAGAUAAGACUUGGGAAGAACGGUGGAUACAGUCAAAGCACAAGGAUGAUUAUGGGAAGUUUAAACUUUCACAUGGAAAGUUUUAUGGUGAUGCAAAAGCUGAUUUAGGACUUCAGACGUCUCAGGACGCCAAAUUUUACUCACUUGCAACAAAGUUCAAGAAGUUUUCUAACAAAGGAAAAAGUGUUGUUAUUCAGUUUACUGUGAAACACGAACAGAACAUUGAUUGCGGUGGUGGCUAUGUUAAGGUAAUGGCAUCAGAUGCUAAUUUGGAAGAUUUUCAUGGGGAAACACCGUACAAUGUGAUGUUUGGCCCAGAUAUUUGCGGUCCUGGAACGAAGAAAGUUCACGUUAUUUUCAGCUACAAAGGAAAAAACCACCUAAUCAAGAAGGACAUACGAUGCAAGGAUGAUGAAAUGACCCACAUGUAUGGUCUUAUCUUGAAUCCAGAUAACACGUAUGAAGUCCAAAUCGAUGGCGAGAAAGCCGAGAGCGGUGAUCUUGAAAGUGAUUGGGAUAUGCUCCCACCAAAGAAAAUUAAGGACCCAGAUGCCAAAAAACCAGAGGACUGGGACGAACGUGAAUAUAUUGAUGAUCCUGACGACAAAAAGCCGGAAGAUUGGGACAAGCCAGAACACAUUCCAGAUCCGGAAGCCAAGAAACCCGAAGACUGGGAUGAUGAAAUGGAUGGCGAGUGGGAACCUCCUAUGAUUGACAACCCGGAAUUCAAGGGAGAGUGGAAACCAAAACAGAUAAAGAAUCCGGCAUACAAGGGCGUUUGGAUUCAUCCCGAAAUUGAUAACCCAGAAUAUACGCCAGAUGAUGAGCUUUAUUUAUAUGAUGACUGGGGAGCGGUUGGUUUCGACCUAUGGCAGGUCAAGUCAGGAACUAUUUUCGACAAUAUUAUCAUCACUGAUUCGCUGGAUGAAGCAAAGGUUUCUAUGCUUAGUAACUACUUCAAGAAACUAGUGGUUGUCAACCUUGAAUAUUUCUACUAUUUUGAAACUUUACAGAAAUUCGCCGCUGAGACGUAUGAGAAGACGAAAGUUGGGGAGAAAAAGAUGAAGGAGAAGCAGGAUGAGGAAGAAAAGAAGAAGUUGGAGGAGGAAGAGAAGAAACGAAAGGAGGAGGAGGAAAAGAAGAAGCACGAUGAACUGUAG